GUUUAUCUUUAAGGAGGAUAGAGAAAUAAGAAAUGAGUCUCACGUUGCAUGGGUGACAUCACUGGCUUUUGGCUCAGCGCUCUGUAUGCUCGGUCUGUAGGCUUCGGCCAAGGCUGCAGGGCUCGGUGUUUGAACAAGGAAACAUUCCCAGGUGUACAGAAGAUUGGAUUUGCCAUUAUUUGGGUUAAAAACGGUGAAAUGAGAUUUCUAAAGCUUGGGGACUCCAGCUCGCCUUCUGUUGCACUUGAUCUCUACAAGAUGGGUGAGUUAUUCCCAUUAAAGAGAAAGGGAGUGAAAAUUUAAGGAGAGAAAAAAAAAAUGUCUGAAUAUAUAACUACCGAUGCCGGGGAUACGAUCCGUACGAAGCUGCUGAGCUAAAGAACCUCAGCUCCGACGAGGAGAUCGGGCCAUAUGGCAGAGAAAUGGUGCAGCCCUAAAGCUGUUGACAACAGUUAGGGGCUGCUCUCCUCUCCCCGUGUGAGGUGUGUGGCUCCCCCCCACCUCCGCCCCUCCGCCCCGGUUUGUUUUGGUUCGGUUUCCCCCGACCUCCCUCCUCCCUCCUUCCCCUCCCCGUUCCUCAGCAUCCUCUCCGCCAGCCGUAGCCCUGCCUGCCUUCAUCUUGCAGAUGGCUAGCGUGCCGCCGUGUUAGGAAAACUGUGCACAACACAUCCCAGCGCCGGGCACGGAGGAAGCCUUGCAGCUGCCGGCGGAAGGGGGGGCAGCAGCGUGUCUGUGUGUGUGUGUGGAGGGAGGAAGGAAGGAAGGAUGCCGGGGCCCAGGGCAGCCCCCCGCGCUGCCUAGCGGGCCGGCGGCGGCUCCUGCCCGGCCCGGAGCCCGGGCUGCCCGCGAAGGGAAGGCAGAGCCGCGAUCGGCUGCCCGGAUGACAGCGCCGCCGACUAAAGCGGGAGAGUGAAUGGCAGGGCUGGCAGAGAGAAGCCGAGGUGUCUCCGAAGCCAGGAUGCCAGCGGCUGUCGGCGAAGGCUGCUGAGGGAGAGAGCCGAGCGUGCCCGCGUCCCCUGAGGCAGCCGGGCAGGGGAUGCUUUAACCACGAUCUCAAACAGCAGCAGCGGCGGCGGCAGCGACAACAACAACAGAUUGCUCCCCCCCUCCCGCUCCCUCCCUUUCGACCCCGCUUUAAACCCAAGCAAGUGACCGACCGUCCAGACGAUGAUGCUCUUGCUGAGCCGCUGACAAAGGAAAAGCGAGUCACCCAUUCCUGACACCGGGACAACUGGCUGCCUGCGAGUGGGAGAUGUCAGGCUGUUGAACUUUUCUGUCCUGUGAUGAUGCUGUAGUGAUCUGAAGCCAUCUCUUCUGGGUUUCUGAGCGGGCCAGAUUGAACGAGAUUAAUGGACUGAUCAGCCAUCGGGUCUCUUCAGGGGCAUUCAUCCCUUCAGCCCCUGCCACUGGGGUGCUCGUGGUGAAGGGCUGUGUUUCUCCUCACCAGCUCUCCUCUGCAGAGGAGAAGAGGCAGAUGAGACUCCAAGACUGCCUCCAGGGCAGAACUUUGUAGUGGUCUCAGCAUCCCUCUGCAGCGUGGAUGUGAGCCACGGGAGUUGGGGAUGUUUGAGGCGGUCUGUGCCAAGUGACACCCAGCAGCUGCUCCGCUGGUUUUUGUGUGCUCUCACCCCCAGUGGCUUUGCCUGUUGUGAAGAUGUCCAUGGUGUUUCUGUGAAGCUGAGGCAUGGCUGCUGGAAGGUUACUGCUCUAUGCUGGCCUCUCUUUAGCUCUGUGUGCCCUUGGCAUGCUGGCUGUGGCGAUUUGCUCUGACCAUUGGUACGAAACUGAUGCCAGGAAGCACAGAGAGAGGUGCAAGAGCAUCACUACUAAGAGAAAUGAUCCUGGCUUCAUUUAUAACUCCAACAACAACCUGCCUCUCAGGGCCAGCAGGUCUAGGUUGGACCGCUGGGAAGGGAAACUCCUCUUGGCAAGGAACAGGAGGCAGAUCUUUGCUAUGAGCGCUGUCGACGAGUGCAACAGACAGUACAACUCCACCAACAUGGGGCUCUGGAGGAAAUGCCACCGACAGGGGUUCGACCAGGAGCUGGAGGAGCUGAUUGCCAAAGGAGCAAUUGAGCGGUGCUCGUACAUCAAGUACCACUACUCCUCAGCCACCAUCCCCAAGAACCUUACGUACAACAUCACCAAGACAAUCCGCCAGGAUGAGUGGCACGCCUUGCAUCUGCGCAGGAUGACCGCUGGUUUCAUGGGCAUGGCCGUGGCCAUCAUCCUCUUUGGGUGGAUUAUCGGUGUCCUGGGGUGCUGUUGGGACCGAGGCCUUAUGCAGUAUGUGGCAGGGCUUCUCUUCCUCAUGGGAGGAACCUUCUGCAUCAUUUCACUGUGCACGUGCGUGGCUGGAAUCAACUUUGAGCUGUCCCGCUACCCGCGCUACCUGUACGGACUGCCCGACGACAUCAGCCACGGCUACGGCUGGUCCAUGUUCUGUGCGUGGGGGGGCCUGGGCCUCACUCUCAUCUCUGGCUUCUUCUGCACUCUGGCCCCUUCUGUCCAGCCUGUCCCCAGGACCAACUGCCCCAAAUCUAGACCUGAGAACGGGACAGUGUGCUAAAACAAAUAGCAAACAAAUACACACACACACAAAGACAUAUAUAUAUAUAUAUGCCUAGGUAUGCCUAUACAUGCAUAUAUAUGUAUAUAUAAUUAUAUAUAUAUAAAAUCUCAAAUUAAUGCCAGUGCCAAGGUAGAGCUGAGUCCAACAUGGCACUCACAUCUCCACUGGACUCUGUGUUGCUUCAUUCUUUCUCACAGUGAUGGGAAAGCUUUUCUCUCACAUGGCUCUUCCAUCCAACUCUUAACUUCAGCAUCAUACCUUAGAGGUCAAAUGAACCUACCGUUGCACCUACCUACUGCCAUUUGGGAGGGGGAACAGGGGAUCCAUGUGGGCAAUCUGGAAGCAGAAUCUGUACAGGACAUGGUGGGGUCAGAGGCGUGGGGGGGGAUGACACAAAAAGUGGGUCCAUUGCAGCCAGAAGGGAAAAUGUAAACAGCAAGCAAAUGAAGCAUUUGAGCCACUUCAACAACAUACCUCCUCAAGGCCAUUAUCAGAAACCCACCUACGUUCUUUUUCAUUUUUAAAACAAAAUGACAGAAAUUGUGUCAUUGGUUUUGGGGUUUUGUUGGGUUUUUUUUUCCUUAAAACACAGAAAACAAAAUGGACAGAAUGUGUGAGGAAAAGUAGAAAAGCAUUUUCUCUUUGCCUGCCAAACUUUAGAGAGAAGCAAACAAGUGAAAAUACUACUGAUAAUAAUUAAUAAUAAUAAACAUCCAAGAAAAUAAAACCAGAAAACAAUAAAAAUCUCCAAGAGGACAUUUCAGCGGACUUUCCAACAAUGCGGUUUUAAUCUUCCAGCUGCCUUACAUCCAGGCUUACAACUGAGGCUGAACUGCUAAUGUAAAUGCAGCAGAAGGCCUUUUGAAAAUGCUGUGAUACAUGUGUGUAUAACUUUUUCUUCCCUCUUACUUUAUUUAUUUUUUUUUAACAAAAAGAAAAAUUUAAAACAUUGCAAUGUGAUUGUCCACCAAACCAUCCAUGCUGUGUUUGUGGCCCAACACUGAGGCACCCAGCGGCAGAAGCGUGAGGAAAGCUCAGGUCUGAGACAGCGUGUCUUCUCUGGUGGAUUUCAGCAGAUUUUUUUUUUCAUGGAGCUUCUGAGAGUUCAGGAUGGUGGAUCCAGGGGAAGACUGACCAAGGAGAAGGGAGGUGGGGGAAGGCCUGGUAGCUGUUCUUCCCAGGGAUUUGAUGGAAUGGGAUUUCAUCAAGUUUCCGGUUUGGAUGUUUGAGACAACUGAGCAAAAGCCAUUGUGGAGGAGGAAAAGGGAGCUAAUUUCUGUAGAAGAGAAGUAAGAGAUGCCUCUCAUUGUGUUCAUGUAUGCCAAAUAAGACCUUCCCACAUCUUGUCUUUGGAAACUGCCCCAAUUCAAUGGACAUCUCCUCUCUCCAUCUGGGAGGACUGUGUACAGAUGGAUGUGAAAGGGUCAGAUGCAGAGAACAGAGAUCCAUUUCCCAUGAGCUUAAGCAUUGUAUGAUAUAACUGUGAAUCUGCAAAUGGAACUCUCUCUCUUUUUUUGGUCUUUCUCUUUUUCCUGCUACUACUCUUCCUAUUGUCUCCUUUUUCCUUCCCUCUGCUCUUCCCGUUGUUCAGGUCAUAGGUCCCAGAAGAGCUAAACAACAGCUAAGUCUGGAGAGGUGGGUGAAGCCAUUAGAGGAAGAAAAGCAUUUUGGCUGUGAGGACAGUGGGUCAUUGCAGGGUACCAGUGGCUGAGGGCAAGGUAGGGAAGAAGGGCCAAGGGUGUAGCCAAAGGGACUCUGAAGAACGAUGACUGAAUUGCCAUGUGCAAAAGUGAGGGCACCACUGACAAAUGUGCAGGCAAAGGGAGACAGGGCAAAGAAAAAGUCUCCCCAAAACCAAUCCAACCCAACAUGCUCUUAAUUCAGGGAUAGUACCAGCAAUCCUUUCUUACCUGAUAGCUGCAUGAUAAGAGUCCUCAGUAGUCAAUAAAAAGUAAUCCUCUCCAUCUAAAAUAUCUCACCAGGAGAAGGAGCCUGUGCCUGCUGCACAGAAAUGCAGACUUUAAUUUCCAGGUCAUGCCAUUUACACAGCUGGCAAGAAACAGUAUUGCUUGGUUCAAAAAUAUCCAGCUAACAAAUAAUUCUUGCACAUAUAGUUGAAUUACAGUGCUCAAAGAAACAAAGUUUCUGGAGGACAUGUUGGAAUAGACUAGAUUUGGGUUCCUUCCAUUCUUGCUCAACUACCUAGCUUUUGUUUUCUGUUGUCGACAGAUUCCCCAAACAUGCCAAUACCAGCUGCUAAGUCAGUGUGUUUCCACUGAAGUGCCAUCCCUGUCAACUGAAGUUUCACAAUUUCAUUUUACAUUAGAUGUGACCAGAGAAAUUACUUAUUUAUUCAAGUUGAAAAUACAAGCCUUUUGGAAAAAACUUCCUUUUUAAGCAGAUUGCUUUAUUUAUUUUUUUCUGGGAAGGUUUUCAAAUAGAGUGGUUUUGAAAAGUUUUGAAAUCAUUAGACUGUGCAAGUGCCUACUUGGUAAGGAGGUUGAUGAAUUACCAUUGAAUAGAAGAAGGAAAUUUAAAACAAAAAUAGCCUUGAAGAGCUAAAUGAAGGCUGAAUGCAGAAAACCAAUAACUGGAAACCCAAAAAAACCUAUUAAAAAUUUGUUCAUUUCUUCAAAGCAUGAAAAAAUUUGGAAAAAAACCCAACUUAUUGGUAAGAAAUUAUACAGCUGAUUAAUUAAAACAGCUUUGAAUGCAAACUUUCUUCCUCCUCUGCAGUGCUGACUGUGAUAGGAAAGGUGUUUCGUGUAAAUACAGAUAUCUGGAGUGACACAGGUAAGCCAGAGUCACAGAGGUCCCUCUCUGGAGUCUACCAUCAAGCCCUGUGGCAGGCAGAGCAGUACAGCAGCUCCUGUGAUGAUGUAUCCUUGUGUGCUUCUUGAGUGUUCACAGGGUGAAUUCUACAGAUACAGUUUUGAAAGAGGUACAGCAGUAAGAUUUAAAGAAAUUGAAGUAAUUUUGCUGUUUAAUGGAUUUUCAAAGGUUUCCUUUUCUUCUGCAGCUGGCUUAAAACCAGUUUUGCCUUGAUGAAGUAUUCUCUGAUGGUGUUGGUUUACAAGCUGUAUAUAAGCCUCUGUGUCUGUCUGUGUGUGACCGUGGGUUAUGGUUAUUUUAUUAACAACAGAAAAGUGUUGACCCUGAACCUUUGGGCCAGUUUUGUGAUUUUCCACUUGCUCUAGCAUAAGUGUCUGUAAGGCCUGUGUGGCUGUGAAGCAUCUUAAAAUCUAUGGGAAUGUCUGAAGCAGCAGGUGAUCAUGUCACUUUAAUCUCCAGUUGGAUCCCCAAAAGAACCAUUUGGCCAAACACCAGAUCUCUCAUCACUGCUUUAAGUAAGGGCAGAACCCAUUUGGGAGAUUGUGAAUUUCCCCUCUGUGCUUCUCAAAGACCUGGCAGGAGUCCUGUGUGCUUCCACACCCCUGGAUGGGGGUCACAGCCCCACAAUGCCUUCUGAGUGCUCAGACUUGUCUUUAAUACAUCCAGAUGUAAAUUUCUGAAGGUUAAUGUUUCCAUCUCUCCUGAGCUGAAGCACAUGGACAGCUACUCUGAGUUUCUGCAUUUUGGGGGAGGCUUUGAAGUAUCUUUCUGAACAGAGAUUGAAGCUUUUUGAUUAGUGUGUUGUUUCUCAGUUGGAGGAGCAGCUAAUUAGAAAUCUGUUAUCAGUGAUCCCAGCAUUAAGGGGCUUGACCCUGUCCCUCAGAUCUGCUCUGGCCAAGUGCCUAAGCAUGUGCUUUACUUGGAGCAUGUGUCUAAUCCCCUUACAUUUGGUUGACUAUUCAUACUCCUAAAGUCCAGAAUGUGCUUUCUUGGAUGACAUUCAGUUUCCUGCAGAGUCCAGCCCAUGUUUUUCUUUUCCCAUCCUUCCCCUGUAGCUAAGGUGACACUCUGUCCUAGCCUGAGCAAGCAGUAUGUUCCUGGUCUCCCUUUCUAUGAGGUGGAAAUGCAGGAUCCAGAUUUAGCAGGCUCUUUGCCACACGUAGCCUUUCAUGUUGCACCUCUGGGACAGCACAUCUCUGUGUUCCAGAGACCACAGAGCCACUGGAGUGCAGUGAGCACAGCUACCCUAAAAUGCCCAUCCUAAGGAUGCAGGAUGAAUUGGCUCAGCACACAGUGAUCUGCAGGCUGAGGUUCUGUGUGUAGUGGCUCAGUUGUGUUGCCCUGUGACCAUAAGGAGUCAGCUCAGGGGUUCUGCUGUCUGUCCCUGCUGGGACACUGCACACCUGAAGGGACUAUGUGGCAGGAGCACAGGUGCCCUGUACCCUAUGUCCUAUAGGAUAGGUGUCCUAUAGGACACCUCCUUCUUCAAGCUAAAGCUGUCUGUGUAUUAAAUUUCCUAACCUGUAUUAACUGCCUGUAUAUAUCAUAAAUCCCUUCUUCCUCUCUGCAAACACACAACUGAUCUUUCCUCAUCUAAACAGUACAGUCCCUCCAGUUCUUUUUCUAGUUUUUUUUUUAUUUCUACCCCAGGGACAGUCACAAGUGGAUCAAAAACCACCAGACCAGAGCAGUACUUCAUCUUUGAAAUACUGCUUUUGAAAAAUUGUCGUUACUUUUUAAAAUGUUAUUCCAGCUGCAAUAACAAAUUAAAUAAGUGAAAAAAGCAUCCUCAGAGUCCUCUAAACAGAGGAUCCUUAUCCUCCCAGGAGUGAAUUGUGAGAGUGCAGGUAUUCUGCUUUCCUGUGGAUGCAAGUCAUUUGGGACCUUUUUUAGCUAUGGCACAUUAGCUGUGUAUUCAAUGGAUGGUGAAAAAAGUGAAGUUGGGUGAAGGAGGGGAUUGAUGUGCAAGGGCUAUUUCAGCUUCCCAAGCAUUCCUGGAAGACUGUGUCUCCAUGGCUGUCCAUUUACCCACCAUGCAACGCCUCUGCAUCAGGCUCAUCCCUGGAGCCCCACUGAUAAGCAGAGCUCAGAAGAAAAUCACUGUAAUCUGUCCUUAAUUCCUGAGCACCAUGCUAACUGCCAGCAGUGAAAUGGAGGGAAAAUAAUAUGUUACCAAGUAUAGCUUAAAUAAAGACAUGCAUUAUUUGGCCUCUUUCUUCUCUGUGUCUCUACAUAGGCCUAGAAGGGCUACAGGAGUGGUCAGGCACAUUCACAUGAACCACCACUGCAUUUUUUUGCCCCCAGGUUUCCUACUCCUACUCCUUCCUGGUCCAAACCACUGUGCUCAUCCAGCCAGCAAGGGAAGACUCAAGGUGAAAAACUGAGACAGCUCUGAAUGAUUGCCAGGUACCAACAACAGACAAAAAGUGCACAGGAAAAGCAAACAGCAUGUAAAUAUUAGUGAGAGAUGAAUUUCCAAGGUCAGGAAAUGAAGUUCAAAAAAGCCUAAAGUUUGAUUGCUAACUCCAGGCCAGAUCCAUAAAAUCUUGAUUCUGCCAGUCUGAGGUGAAAACUCAAAAACCAGGGCUUAGCUCAAAAGUUAUAGUCCACUGUUUCCAGUCAUAGCCAGAAAUAUAAUGCAACUAUUCCAUAGUCUGUUGAGGUUCAUGGAAAGCUCAGAUGCCUUAGAAAAUAUUUUAGUGCUGUCUUGGUUAACACCAAACCAUGAGAAGUGUGCUUACACACCCACAAUAUCUAUUCCUUGGCUUUAGAAAGAAAGUCAUCAGAUGCUACCUCCUCUCCCUCCCUGCCCAGUUCAACUUAGGGCUUCCAUCCUGUAAGCCCCAUUAAUACCCCACUCAUGCAGCCUUCUUCAGAGCCAUAAUUAUUAAUUGCAACAUUUUGGCAACAAGUGCUGCUGGUGCCAAAGGGCUCUGACAAGCUUCAUGUUGACAUCAGUUGGAGAACUGUAGCCUGAUACAGUGCUGUCAAUUUAAUUGCAGUAGGCUUUGCACAAGUUUAGGAUUUAACUUGAGAAAGAGUCUGGACAACUGCCUCAAUAUAGGUCACAAGAGGGAAAUUAAAUUCUGGUCACCUCCUGUAAAACAUUCCAGAAUCACAGAUCAAUUGUCCUUCCCUUGUUCAGGGAAGACUUUCAAUGAAAAUAUCAGUCUCAGAUAGGUUAUCUCCAGGGGAAAGUGGGAGACUGAAAAAAGGGAGACCCAACAGCAGUUGCUUCAAAAUUGGUAGAAUUCUGUGAGGGUAAUCCAAUGUUACCCUCAGCAUCAGCAGCAGGAAUUGUCAUUCCUUUCUAGGAUUGCACUUUUAUAUUCUUCCUUUGCUGAUUAACACUCCUGCACAGUGGCAAAAAGUGACUUCCAAAGUAAACAUGGGCACCCUCACUCCCUUCUUUCCUUAAACACACACACGUGCAUAUCCCACAUGAUGUGGAUGCCAGGAACCUGUAAAAGUGUCUUAUAGAGAGAGAAAAUACAUAGGAAAAUGCAGCAUAAUUGGUCUCUGUUCUUUUAUACUUAACUCAUGAGCUGCAAUGCAAUUCAGAUGCCAUCUGUGUCCCUGUUAGGUUGUGCAUGCAGAUCACAUACAAAAUCUCUGCUGGAGAUGCAUGAGGAAGCACAAGACAACUGGGAUAAAUCUGGUAUUUUCCAUCAAAAAGUAUUUGGAUAUUUAAGGAAGAGAUGCCAAUGUAUCCCCUCCAAACCAGAAAUGUUUAUGAUCCCCUAGUGAAACAACAAUCUCAGGACACUCCUGAGCCUGCAGAGGGCUUGAGCAGGCUGCUGGCAGCAUCAAGGCUCUGGUUAAAGCUCUGGCCACAGCAGGGAGCUUCACAUCCCGUGGGUCUGAGCCCCACCUGUGGCAGCAGGACACAGGAAUAGCUCUGCAAAGGCAGUUCCUUCAAGGGGCCUUGUUACUUGCCAGCAGGUCAGAAGUACUCAAGCAGCAACAGCAAUUCUGCAGUGGGUGAGAUAAAGAGUAAAGCCUUCAAAAACCUGGGAGUUUUGCCCCAGUUUCAAAAUUAUGUAGACUCCAAGGACUGUGAAUCAGUCAUGGCUCCGUCUCCUGGGGCCAGAUACACAAAACAGCUUCAGCAUUCAAUUCCUCUUUAGACAGUGAAUAAAGCACUAAAUGCUUUUGGUGCCUAAUAUUUUUUUUAAAUUUAUACGGUCCUAAUUUGCUUAAGCUCUCAUGAUGUUUUAUCUCAAGAAGAGUUUUCUUCUGGCUGUAAAGCAUAAGGCUGUAUUUUUUUUACAAAUAGUUAUUCAUUAACAAUAUAGAUCAUAAGAAAAAGGUUUGAGUAAUCAGAACAACAAAAGUGCAGGCUUAGACUAUUCAGUUAGAAUGUACUGAAUUAUUUAUAACUCCUGGGCACCAACAGCAAUCACAGAUAUCUAAUUUAAACUGUUACUAUUUUUACUUGGCAAUUUCCAUCACUUAGAGUGUUUAUAUCUAUGUAUUUGCAGUUUGAUCUUUGCAGAACAAAAUUUCCCCUACUUACACAGAAAAGCAUAUUUGGGAACUUUGAAGGUACUUUCCUGCAGUAACUUUAAUUAUUUUAAAGCAUUUUGAGGCUUAGUAAGAUAGACUUUACAACUUUCAAAACUCUAAACUGUAUCUAAAAUGGGCUUGAAUUUUCAGUUCUUUCUCUAGUUAAAUUCUCUUUGAUUACAGGUCAUUGGGAUCAAGGAGAAAUUUGUUUCAUUAGUAGAUGUAAGACUGGGUCCUAUUUAUGUAUAUAUGUGAUGAGGGGACUUAGGUAAGGGGGCUGCACUUCAAUGUCAGCCUACUUAAGGAUCUUUUGCAUAGAUGUAGGAAAUGUCACUGCUAAGUCACUCCAACUUUCUACCAAUCUCUUUUUGUAAAAAACAACCAUUAUACUUGUGUGUGGCUGGAAUAAAGCAUUAUUAAAUCUAGUCCAUAGGUUGACACACACAUGCUUGUAAAUAUGUGUAUAUUUGUAUAUAUAUUUGUAAAUUUAUGAAAAAUGUCCGUAUCUUCAUGAUUGCCUGAAAUGACCUGAGGUUGAUGUACAGAAUUUCAGGCAAAGGACUGUUUCUUUUUUCACAAUCCUCUCAUAUCUCAGAUUUAAACCAAAACAAACUAAAAAGUACCAUUUCCCAGGAAAAUCCUCAUUUUACCAUUGCACCAGUUAAGGAGGGGUACCACACUAGUCAGCAGCACACACAUCUACACAUGUACAUCCAGUCAAAGGACUGGGUCUCAAGGGCUUUUUUAAGAAAAGGAAUGGACUGAAAAAGCAAUGGUAGAAGUUCUGUUCAGCAUUAGCUCUCUCAAUUGGCUCUCUUGUCCUUUAUUAGGAGGCCCUUUGUACAGAUGCUGUUCCUCUCCUUAGGUGUACAUUUGGGAGGAGCCUUUGUGUGUGACACUGAGCCACUGAAAGGCCAGGACUUUCUGACCUGCUUUUGUCCCCAUCAACCUUAGAUACUUCACUGAGUUCAUGAUGUUAACGGGCUCAUCUCCCCUGGCUUCUUGUACAGGUAGUAAAGAGAGACAGUUGUUUACAGGUAGUGACCUAGCAAAACUGACAUCUAAGCUUUAGGAGCUCCUUCUUUCUUCAUGCAAUGACCACUCACCUAUCUUGAGUGACCCCAAGAUCUUAAAAGCUAUUAAAUCCUGGUGAGGAGAAUCAGGUACCUAGUGCAGGGGAGCAUCCGUAUGGAGAUCAGCUGUGUCUGUGUGCUUCUGGUGCAUGGCUCAUCUGUAAAACACAGGUUUGAACUGUGAAAGCCUGUUGGAACAAAAGGAGGUGUUCACAACAGCCUUCCCCUCCCAAACUGCGACAUGACUGCAAAGGACAGGGCUUGUCCAAACCCCGGGAAAUAGCAUUUGAGGUGAGUGCCUUGUGGUGGCCUCCAGGCACAGAUGAAUGGGCAGUCCCAGUGCUGGAGGUCAGAGGUCUUUGAGCUGAACUCUUCACCUUUCUCUGCCAGUCCUGGGCAUUGCUGAAGCAAUGCAAAGAGUGAAAUUACAUCUUAAAUAUUUGAACAGCUGAGCUGUUCAAAGGUUACUUUUCUUGCUUUAUUCCCAAACUGCCCUGAAAAAGUCAUCUAGCUGGUAGUGAUAAUCACAAACUUCUCCUCCAAGAUACAGUCUGGGUAGUUUCAUAUUAUUUUUUUUCAAUGUUAAUAACUGCUUUACAAACAGCUUACAUGGAGAUUAAAGAGAUUGCAAUUUCAUCCCUUAUUGUUGGGAUUAUAGUUGUCCUCAGAAAAACCAAACCGAGGACUCAACAAGAGGAUGAACUGUGGCUGCAUAAUUCAGAAAGCUGCUCUGACAAGGCUGAACUACAUCUCCAUCUCAUGGUGAGAGUCUCUCAGAGCCAAAAUUUGGAAUUACAUAUUGACAACAAGUCUAUCUAGAAGGACCAGCAAUUUAACCUAGUAUUAGAACUCUGGAACUCUUGUAUAGCCCCAUGUAUUACCUGAAUAAAACAAACACAGUCAGAGGAGUGGGAAAAUUAAACUGAUUUCUGAAAACUCUAAGGCUAAGUGAGCUUUGGGUCUUGUGCCAAUGUAUGGUCACUACUAUUUGUUUCUACAGCUAAAUUUAAGUCAGUGACUUGACAAUCUUCACCCAUCUCUAAGAACUUUAUUUUUAAAAAUACCGUUAAGGUUUUGACAAGAGGGAUUUCAGGGAACUGUAAAAUGAAGAUUCAAUACUGUGUACUAGUACUUAAGGAAAGACUUUAGUUAGAAAGUGGAAGAUAAAGCUGAGUUCCAGGGAUGAAAUAUUAUUUUUCAGCAUGGUACUACCUUGCCCAAACUGUAGUGUAUCAUCCUAACAUUCUUCUCCUGUUCUCCAUUUCCCUUUUCUGAGGAGUAAGAUAUAUAUCUCUGUCUCCCUCCCUUCCUUUUCCUCUCUGUGUGUGAGAAUACAGACAUGCUUCCUGUAGAGACAUUUUUCUCUAAAUUUCAUUCCAUACCAGCUCUUGCAUAUGUGAAUGUUUUGUUAUUUAAGAUGUCUGUGAAAAAGAAAUAAAGGCUUUAAGAGUGAACUCUAGAAAAGAGGAGGAGCUUGAGAAUAUAUCAAAUUUAAGGAUGCAGCACCAUUUUCUGCAAGAUUUUUCAGAAUAUUCCUAAAUUCUCAUCAUCACUCUCCUGCCCUCCCUCUCUGUGAGAGGGAUGAGAAAGGUACUGGGAUGUGGGACUCUCAAAGGUUGCUUUUUAAACUGUUGGCUCACUGUGUCCCACAAGGAUUUUGCAGAGUUUUAGCGUCAAAGAAAAUCUCCUUUUAAAAGGUGAUAAAGCCAAUGCACAACAUCACGUGGGAGGAGGUUGUAAGGGGUGACUCCAUACCAGUUUAUCUUUGUUUCCCAUUCUUUACAACUGUCCUGCUUGCCCAGCCAUGCACAUUCUCCUCCCUGCUGGGUUCACUUUGCCAAGGUGUGGCUUGCCAAUAGGGGCCUGCCUGACCUCUCACCCCCAUGAUGCACUUGGAUAACUUUCCACUUUCUCUCAAAAAAACCUGUCUCAGCUCCUAAUGAAAGCCAUAACCACUCCUGUGACCCUGCCACAGGGAGUGAAUGCCCAGGCUCCAUGGCACAGAGCAAUGCCUGGCACCAGGGCGAUCCUGGGGGUAAGGAAGGAGAAUGGGUGGAGCUCUCAGGCCAUCAGAGCUCCAGUGUCACCUUCUCCUGCAAGUUCCCCUGCUCCUCAUGAACCUCUCGGCCAGUUCAGCACGUGGGUCUCACUCUCCUUCUCCCACUUGUGCCCAUGGGAAUUGUGUGUGGAUGUGCAAACACUCCUGUGUGAGGGCACGAGUGUUGGGUACAAGGGGCAGGGAGUAACCAGACACAGUGGACUCCCCACCAUCCCCUGUAGGUGCAUCUCAUGAAGAUAUUUGCCUUUCAGGAUUCCUUCUGCUCCAAGUAAUAUCCAGCCUAACCAUAUGCUACCACAAAGUUUUUGGAGGGUUUCCCUUUCUUGACUUUCUCAUUGGUCCAUUGGUCCUUUUUUUCCUUACGAUUUUUUUUCUUGCUCAGAAGAAAUGAAGCAAUUCCCAUAAUCAUCUUUUGAUGAUAAUAAAAGUUGCAGUCAACAUUGUUUCUAAUUGACAGUUUGGGAGGCUUAAGAUAAUAAUUCACUUAAAUGCCUGCAAAUUGAAGCAUGUCAGCACUUUCCUAGGACAUUCCCAAGUAAAAUAAUAUGACUGGUACAAGACAUUUGUCAUGAGGGUACAUCUUGGCCAGCUGUUUAUGUUUCCUCUAAGUGCAGUACACACACAUCAAAGCUGGAUUAAGAAAGACCUAGAAUGCCACAAUACUCAGGCAUAUUUAGAGAAAUGCAGCAAUACAUCACAUUUAUCUGGCAUAUUUUCUCUAUAGAAAAUUUUACAAGUAUGAGUCCCAUCCGACCUGUCUGAGGCAGGUAGGUAUUAUAGCCAUUUUGGAGAUGGGAAGCCAAAAGCCUGGGAAAAGACCUUCUAUUUAGUGGUUUGAUGCCCCCUCACAAGUUCUACCAGCUGCAGGGGGAGCCUUCUCUUUUCAGCGCUUUUGAAAAUCCAGACUGUAGCUGGGUUUACUCAAGUCUGCAGUGGCUGUAAAUGUGAAAGCCAGGAUUAGGACACUCAGGAUCCUGAUUUCUUCAGAGCACUGCUACAGAGCUUUGAUCCCACAAAGCACUUGCCUAAUUUCAAGCAUCAAUUUCCCAUUAAGAAUGCUAUUGCCAUGCUUAAAGCUAGGCACAUGCCUAAGUGCUUUGCUAGAUUGGGAAUUACAUUGAAAUAUAUAAAACUUCAACAUGUUUUGAAAAGUCUAAAACCAUGUCUAUUUUGAAUUAUGGUUUGGCCAUUGUAAAGGAUAUUUGGACUGUGUAUGCAGCUGCUCAACCAAGUGGGGAACUUUUUAGCCAAUACACACAGAGUUUUAUGACUUUUGGGUAGUAACAUCCAGUUUCAGAAGUAAUAGUGAGGGACAUGUCCUGUGAGGCUGGGACCUCUGUGCUGCUGUAAGAGGCAAAGUGGCUCCUGUGGCCAUCGGUGCUAACAACACAUCAACAACCACUGACUAUUUUGUUUGGUUGUUCUGGUGAGAUGUGAGUGUGGUGGCUAAUUUCACAAGUAAUGUGACAUCAAGUGUAUUGUACUUUUCCAUUUCUUCCUGUAAUCUGUUGCAGCAGAGGUGAACAGAAUUUGUUUAAACAUGAAACACCCCCAAAUUUCUUGUUCUGUUAUCCAAGGUGCUAAUCUGCAGACACACGGGUGUUUGUGUAUGUGCAUCAGUGUUUGCAGGACUGUGGCCCUGAAGGAACAUUUCAGUGGCAGGGUUGAGAUCAGGGAACUAAUAGGGAGAAUGAACAAACCCCUAUAACUUUGAAAGACAGGAGUUGCAGAAAGCGUCACAGGACUUUGCCGAAAACCUGGUUACAUCUUACAAUUUCCCUUUUGUUUUGAUUUGUUUUGGUUUUGGUUUUAUUCAGAUUGGCACAGAAUACUGUAUUUCCAUCGAUUAAAAUCUUGUCUGGUAACUAACUAAACAACUUGUUCAUGGAAAAUUAAAAAAAUAAAUAAGUAAACUGUCAGUUGUGGAAUGUAAACUGAUUAAACAAAUAAAAAAAAUCAUGUUGUGUGUUUUAA